GCUCCUGCGAGCGCGCAGUCGGUCGCACAGGGUCGGUCGCUGCCGUCGUCGUCGUCCGUGCCGAGCGGCAACGCGCGCUACAUCCGCUCCACCACCACUCCCCCUCUGCGCCGACCCCCGCCCGCGCAGCCCCCUCCGGCUGAGGGGAGCGAUGGCGGCGGCAGCAGCAAAGCGGACGCGCCGCCGCGGGAGCUGCGGAGCAAGCCAGGCGCGCGCGAGAACGGUGGGAGCAGGAGGAUGGAGGGGAGCGAAGGGGGAAACCAGGCGCAGGAGGGGGCGGGCGGGGGAGUUGCGCAGGAGAAGGCGGGGGGGCCGGGGGUGGCGGGGGUGGCGCGCGAGGUGCUGUUCGUGAAGGGCAACGUGGCGGUGCAUCCGUCGGCGUCGUCCAGCCGCAAGAUCGCGGGGCAGCUGCGCCUCGUCAAGCAUGGCACUGACGUCUUCCUCAACUGGAUUCCCUACGAGCCCUCCUCGCCCGCAGGCACGCCUAAAGGCAUAGCGCGCGGCAGUCUGCUGUACUCCAUCCGCUCAGUGGCCGUGUCAGAGAUGCGAUCCAUUCGCCGCCACACACCGCCCUUUGGAUGGCACUACAUCAUCAUCGUCCUCACCUCAGGAGUGGCAUUCCCGCCGCUCUAUUUCUACGACGGGGGAGUGAAGGAGUUUCUGCACGUGCUAAAGCAGCACACCAUGCUCGAGCGCUCCCUAGAUGACCCCAACGUCUACAAUGUCAACCAGUCCUUCGACCUCUUGCAGAGGAGUCUAGCGCAGCUGCAUCUCUGGGAUCCGCCCUCCACCGAGCCCGCCGAACCACCCGCCUCCGCCAACUUCCGCUCCAUGUCUCUCCCCGCCGCCCGCCGCCACGCCCCGCCCUUCCGCCCCUCCGCCCCCCCUGCUGCGCCUGCUGCUGCUGCCCCUCCCAGUGCAGCGGCAGCAGCGGGUAGUGCAGGGGGGAGGGCGGGGGCGGGAGGGAGUUACCGGCUGGGCGAGCGCAGCGCAUCGGCGUUCGGGAAACUGGGGGGCAGCAGGGCGCUGGGCAGUGUGAGUGAGGACGAGGGGGAAGGGGGGGAGGACGCGGAGGACGCGGAGGGCAGGAAACGGGAGGGGGCGAAGGCUGUCCGGCGGAACAAGCUGCCCCCCUCUCUUGCUCCGCGCAGCACCUCCGUGCUGCACGCUGCUGCUGCUGCUGGCGAGGGGGUGGGUGGCGAGGAGGGGGGGAAGGAAGGAGAGGGAGAGGGGGAGGAGGGGGAGGAGGGGGAGGAGGGGGAGGAGGGGGAGUACCCGAGUGAAGCAGAGAUGCUGCGCAUGCUGGAGGCCGCUCAUGCCCUGGCGCAGCAGCAGGCCAAGCAGAGGCGAGGGGGGAGGGCGGGGGAAGCAGGGGAAGGGGGGGGCGGGGGCGGGGGAGAGCAGCAGCCAUCGGAGGCGGAGAUGCUGUGCAUCCUGGAGGCCGCCAAUGAACGCGCCCUGCAGGACGCUGCUCGCGCCAGGGCACUCUCCCACCACCCCCACCACCACCACCACCACCGUGCACCGCACAGCUCUCACCGCCAGCAGCCUGCUGACGUGGCAAAGGACAUCUCCAUGCAGGUGCUGGGGGGAUUCUCCGCGGUGACGCGCAUGGCCCGUGGCAUGCUGGCCGCCGCCCCCGCCGCCGUGGGGGAGGCCAUGGGCGGGCUGGGCGGCAUGGGAGGGUAUGAGGGGCGGCUGCUGGGCGGCAGGGAUGCGGAGGAGCGCAUGCCUGCUGCUGACGCAUGGGGGGGCGGGUGGGAGGGGGAGGAGGAGGAAGAGGAGGAGGAGGGCGAGAGUGAGGGCAGUCUGAGCCGCCUGACCACCAUCAAGGUGCUCCCUGUGCCGUUGGGGGGGGGAGGGAUAGAGGAAAGGGGGGGAUUGGGGGGGGAUGUGAUGUGGGGGAGCACGGAGGAGAGCACAGGUGUGGGCGAGUUUGAGCUGCUGGAUGACUUUCAGGACAAUUCCUCCUCCCUCGUGCCGCCUCGCCCUCUCCUGCCACCACUCUCCCCAGACGAGUGGAGGGCAUUUCAGGACAGUGAGGGGCGGGUGAGCGAGGCCAACAGGCAGGCGGUGCUGCAGCGCAUCUUCUACAGCGGGAUGGAACCACAGCUGCGCGCCCAGGUGUGGCCGCGGCUGCUGGGCUAUGUGCCAUGGGAUGCGAGUCACGCGGAGAGGGAGGAGCUGCGGCAGAGGCAGGUCUCCGCGUACAACUCGCUGCUGCUGCAGUGGCAGAGUAUAAGUGAGGAGCAGGCGAGGCGGUUCACCAAGUACAGGGAGAGGUGCAGCCGCAUUGACAAGGAUGUUGUGCGCACGGACCGGCACCUGGCCUUCUUUGCGGGGGAGGGCAAUGAGAAUCUGGAGCGCGUGCGCCGCAUCCUCAUCACCUACGCCUUCUAUAACUUCGACCUCGGCUACUGCCAGGGCAUGGGAGACCUGUUGGCGCCGCUGCUGAUGGUACUGGGAGACGAGGUGGAGGCGUUCUGGGCGUUCACAGCAUACAUGGAGACCAUGGCGCCCAACUUCCACCGCGACCAGAGUGGCAUGCACGCCCAGCUGCAAGCCCUCUCCAAGUUGGUGCAGCUGGUGGACCCGCCACUGUACGAGUACCUGGAGAGCGUGGACUGCCUCAACUUCUUCUUCUGCUUCCGCUGGAUCCUCGUGCGCUUCAAGAGGGAGUUUGAGUUUGAGGGCACGUGUCGGCUGUGGGAGGCGCUGUGGAGCUGCCAUCUGUCGCAGCACCUGCACCUCUUCGUCGCUGCUGCCGUGCUCAAACGCCACCGCCGCCGCAUCAUGGACGAACAGAUGGAGUUUGACUCGCUGCUCAAGUUUGCCAACGACCUCAGCUGCCACAUCGACCUGGAUGCCGCCCUCAGGGACGCCGAGGCGCUGUGCAUCCUGUCGGGGGAGAGGGGGCAAGCAUGCAUGCCCGUGCCACCACCACCUCUGGAAGAGAUGUUUGAAGGGCCCGAGACAGGAGAGGAGGAAGUGGAUGACUGA